GAGAGAGAGAGAGAGAGAGAGAGAGAGAGGGAGGCAGAGAGAGGGAGAGAGAGAGAGGCAGAGAGAGAGAGAGAGAGGGGAGAUGGCACAAAGCUCCAGCAUCCAGAACACACGGGAGCGGUGCGCCACCGACACCGGAGCCCCGGACCCGCCCGACCGCAGCAUCACAUCGGGCGCUCGGCCGUCGCGCCUCCUCCCCGCGCGGCAGCGCCUCAUCCUCGGCCGAAGACAUUAAUCAUCACUCGCUCCAUGUCUGCGCGUGAUUCCUCUGUGAGGAUUGAAGAAGAGUUCGUCGACCGCGUUUCCUCAAUGAAGACCUUUGUUGCCCAACAUCCGACGGAGCGCUCUUCUCCAUCUGCCAUGGUGACAUGACCCACUCCUGAGUGGCUUUGCUGCUUCCCCAGACACAAAGACAUCUCUUGGGCUCAACCCCCCGAACUGGUGCAGAUGCUCUCUAGCCAACGUUAAACUAAAAAAAGACAUCACCUCCUCCCACGCACAACACCUCACCAGUUUGCGAUGACGGUGGCAGUGAGAUUCCGUCGUCACCUACGUAGGCUCCUGCUCCUGCUGGCCUCCUGCUGUCUCCUCUCCCUCCUUCUCUCUGCUUACUUUCUCUUUACAAACUCCUCUCCUUCCAUGCAGCUUGGACAAUCUCCUGAACCUGCCUGCUCCCAGCCCCUCUCCAUGUCCCCAUACCGCCAACUCCCAUACCCGUACCCACCUAACCCCCCUCACACACAUGUCCACACUGACCCAGUGGUGCUGGUGCUGGUGGAGUCCCAGUACUCCCAGCUGGGUCAGGACAUCGUGGCUAUAUUGGAGUCAGCACACUUCCAGUUCCGCAUGGAGAUUGCCUCAGGGAAGGGCGACCUUCCACCACUGACAGAAAAGGGCCGUGGACGAUAUUCACUAAUCAUUUAUGAGAAUCUGUUAAAGUAUGCACAUGCAGACACAUGGAACAGACAGCUGUUGCAUCAGUACUGCACUGAGUUCAGAGUGGGCAUCAUCGGUUUCUACCGCUCCAAUGAGAACUCCCCACCUCUUCUCAAACUCCGAGGCCUCCCGCUGGUGUUAAGGACCAACCAGGCACUUUGGGACUGCUGUGUUGUGUCUAGCUCCCCCCUUCUCCACAUGACCAAGCCUGGCACAGAUCGAGGGGCCUUACCUGGGGAGGACUGGACCUCCUUUUCUUCCAAUCACUCAACAUACCAGGCUGUGCUGCAUGCACGGGCCAAGGAGGGAGCAGGGGCAGGUAGUGGAGAUAAUCCAGGGCCGGGCUUCAGUUUAGGCCUCCAAGCCACCGUGGUGCAGGACCUGGGGCUGUAUGAUGGGGUGAGGAGAGUACUAUUUGGCCAGGGACUGGGCUACUGGCUCCACAGACUCAUCCUGGUGGAUGCCAUCUCCUACCUCACAGACAGGAAGCUUACUUUGGGUCUGGACCGGCACAUACUGGUGGAUAUAGAUGAUAUUUUCGUCGGGAAGGAAGGGACACGCAUGAACGCCAAGGAUGUGAAGGCUCUCCUUGAUAUUCAGAAACAGCUGCGCUCUCAGAUCUCCAACUUUACCUUCAACCUUGGCUUCUCUGGGAAGUUCUACCACACAGGCACAGUGGAGGAGGACGAGGGAGACGAUUUACUGCUGAAGUAUGUGGAUGAGUUCUGGUGGUUCCCCCACAUGUGGAGCCACAUGCAGCCGCACCUCUUCCACAACGAGUCCUCCCUGCUGGAGCAGAUGGUCCUCAACAAGGAGUUUGCUCUGGAGCACAGCAUCCCAGUGGACAUGGGCUACGCUGUGGCCCCUCACCACUCGGGUGUGUACCCGGUACACCUGCAGCUGUACGAGGCCUGGAGACGCGUGUGGAACAUCCGGGUCACCAGCACAGAAGAGUAUCCCCACCUCAAGCCUGCUCGCUAUCGUAAGGGCUUCAUCCACAACAACAUCAUGGUGCUGCCUCGUCAGACGUGUGGCUUGUUUACUCACACCAUCUACUAUAAGGAAUACCCGGGCGGACCUAAAGAACUGGACAAAAGCAUCCGUGGGGGAGAGCUUUUUCUCACCGUGCUCCUCAACCCGAUCAGUAUAUUCAUGACCCACCUGUCCAACUAUGGCAAUGAUCGACUGGGUCUUUACACGUUCGUCCACCUGGCCUCCUUUCUUCGCUCGUGGACGAACGUGAAACUCCACACACUCCCACCUCUGCAGCUGGCACAGAAAUACUUCCAGCUUUUCCCUGAACAAAGGAACCCUCUCUGGCAGAACCCGUGUGAUGACAAACGACAUAAAGACAUCUGGUCUAAAGAGAAAACCUGUGACAGGUUACCCAAGUUCAUGGUGAUAGGACCCCAGAAAACAGGAACGACAGCACUUUAUCUCUUCCUGCUCAUGCAUCCCUCCAUCUCCAGUAACUUCCCCAGUCCAAAGACUUAUGAGGAGGUCCAGUUCUUCAACACCAACAACUACCACAAAGGAAUUGACUGGUACAUGGAGUUUUUCCCUGUGCCCUCUAAUGUUAGCACGGACUUUCUGUUUGAGAAGAGCGCUAACUAUUUCCCCUCAGAGGAGUCCCCGAGGCGAGCUGCUGCCUUGCUGCCCAAGGCCAAGAUCAUCACCCUGCUCAUCAACCCCGCUGACAGGGCCUACAGCUGGUAUCAGCAUCAAAGAGCCCAUGAGGACCACGCUGCCCUGCGGUUCACCUUCUACGAUGUCAUCAGUGCAAGACCAGGAGCGCCAGCCGAGCUGCGCUCCCUACAGAGCCGCUGUCUCAUCCCCGGUCUCUACUCCACACACUUAGACAGAUGGCUCGCACACUACCCUGCUAACCAGGUGAUGAUUAUAGAUGGUCAUCAGCUGAGAACCGACCCCACGGCAGUGAUGGAUGAAGUCCAGAAGUUCCUAGGAGUUACUCCUCAUUACAACUACUCCCAGGCCCUCACGUUUGACCCUCAGAAAGGCUUUUGGUGCCAGCUCCUCGAGGGAGGGAAGACAAAAUGUUUGGGAAAGAGCAAAGGGAGGAAGUACCCUCCUAUGGACGCGGAGGCACGUGCGUAUCUCUCCAGUUAUUACAGGGAACACAACGUGGAGCUGUCCAAGCUGCUGCAUCGCCUCGGACAGCCGCUUCCCUCCUGGUUGAGAGAGGAGCUGCAGAAGGUUAGAUAACCUUUGCAUCCUUGAGCCGGGGUUAAAGGUCAAGGGGUCAAAGAUCGGGAAGAGAAAAAACGACCAGGAGCAAACGACCUUCAGAUGCACUGUCUGUGGCCUUUUAGUGAAACCCUGAGGUGAAGACGAGGACAGGGUGCCUUGUUUCUCCUCGUGACUGUGACGCUGCUAGAGGAGAGAGAGAGAGAACCGAGGUCAAAGAAGUGCAAAGAAACUCUGAGGGCUGAAACUGAGCUCUCAGAUGGAUGGAUGGACGGUUUCAGGUGACUCAGACGGCUCUAAAGAAAGCGGGACUGAGAGGAAGAGCUGUAUUAAAAUGAUGAAGAGGACUGAAGGAGACGAGGAGCAUAUAGCAAGUCUUUGAUGCCCAAAACCCUGCCCUCAACUGUGGUGAACUCCUGUGUAGACCUGCAGUGAUUAUUUUUAGUUUUGUGUUGAAUUUAUUUUCACCUUUUAAUUUAUGAUCCCAGAGCAGCGCUGGUCAGCUGUGCGUGGUUCCCACGGAGACUACUUUGCACUAAGUUCUGUUCCAUGUAUCUCCGAGACAAACAAAUGCAUCCCGUGUGAUUUGGUUAUACUUUAUAAAGUUUGUCAUACUGAGAGGGAAUAAGCAAGAAUGAUGUGUGCAUAGACUCAGGGUGAGUGACAGGCCGUUACUUUCCAUGAUAGUUUUUCAUUGUUCUCUUUUUUUUUCUUUUUUCUUUCAAGUGAAGCUAGUUUCCGGAUCCGGCUUUCACUGGAAAGUGUGGACCGGAAAUGAUUAACUGAAUCGAGUCGCAUUGCCUGCUCAUUAUUUUCCCAGUGACAAGCCAUGGAGAAGAACGCCGUGUCCACUUAGCAGAGCAUGAGUGCAGAGGAUUUCAGCACUAAGGGCAGAGGAGACACGAGGUUUGUGUGAAGAAAACUGACCAAACUGAGCCUAAUGGAUGUGACACUUAGGUCCGAGACUCUUUAAGUAGCUACUGUAACUGCUUAUGUUUUGUCAGUGUCCCAAUUCAAGUCUCAACCUCCUUUUGUUUCCUUUUUAAAAACCAGUGGCCUACAUUGUUUAGCUUCAAAUUGAAUGCAAAAAACCCCUAAAUGUCAAACACAGAAACCAAAAUUAAAGAAAUUGACAUGA